AUGGAAGCGAGGAGAUUUGGCGAUGGCGCCAUCGCUCGGCAGCUAUUCUCGAUCAAGGCAAGUAUCGCGGCAUUGAAAUCUUUCACCGGCGCCAGGGAUUUGGAGAGAGGGAGGAGGAUCCACGCCGAUGCGAUCCACACAGGGUAUGAUUCCAAUCCUCGUGUGGCGAGUAGCUUGAUCAACAUGUAUGGAAAAUGCGGCAGCGCGAUGGAGGCUCGACGGGUUUUUGAUCGAAUCCAGGACAGGAACAGGGAUGUAGUGGUCUGGACAGCCAUGAUUCUUUGCUAUGCUGAGAAUGGGGAGGGGUUUCUUGCCUUGGAUCUCUUCUCCAAGAUGAUCCGCGAUGGCUUCUCGCGGAAUUCAUGGACUUUGGUAGCUCUUCUCAAGGCCUGCUCGAGCCUGGCAGCGAAAGAACGAGGUGUCCACGUCGGGGAAAAAAUCGUGAAGGCGGAUUCUUUGGAGAAAGGAAUGGCGAUUCACUCUAGAGUGCUGGGUGAUGAGCUGAGCAACACUUUCGUAGCAAACUCGCUCGUCAACUUUUAUGCCAGGUGUGGGAGCAUGGUGGAUGCGGCCAGAGUUUUCGACAGCAUGAAGGAGCGCGACGUGGUGUCCUGGAACGCCUUGGUUCUCGGGCACGUAGAGAAUGGAGAGCUCGAGCAGGCUCUAGAGGCGGUCACCCGAUGGAUUGAAGACGGCCAAGGUUUUGGAAGUUUCAACCAUCUCAGUUUCGUGGCUGUUUUCAAGGCUUGCAUUGGCUUGGCCGAGAGAGAAGAUGGUCAGCUCCAAGACAACGGUAAGCUUGUCAAAGUGAAGGCUUUAGAGAAAGGCAUGGCCUUCCACUCGCAAGCUUGCUUGUCCGGCUGCUCUUCGGAAGCUCUGCUGGCAGGCACGAUGGUGGACAUGUAUGCCAAGUGUGGAAGCAUGGAAGACGCUCGGCGAGUUUUCAAUGAGAUAGUUUGCGGCCGCGGCGGGGGCAGAAGCUCUGCCAUCGAUCUAGUGGUGCCUUGGACUUCACUUGAGAUGGGACUCGUAGAGAAUGGCGAAGCAGGCGUAGCUCUGGAGCUUUUCUAUCAGAUGGUCGACCACGGACUUACUCCAACUGCCGAACUUACGUUGCUGCGCUCAAAGCAGGCUGUGGCUGCCUGGAAGCGGUGA